GUGACCGAAGAUAACGAUUUGAGAGAUCCCAAAACAAAACCAAACCCAAAAAAAAAAGAAGACCCACGCGAGUUCCACCUUCGUUCCUCUCCAAAUCCUUCUCUAUUUUGUGCGUUCCACUCCUAUGUGGAAUCCAAUCACAUUGGCUCUGAAUCGCCUGCUCUCGCCAAUCAGAAGGGAAGGGGAGAGAAGGGAAGGCGUGGUUUAGAAGAAGGGGGGAAGGAUAGAAGGGGAAGAGAGGGCGGAUGGGCAUCCCUUCCGACGAUGUUGUGGUAAUCCGGCACCCGGAGAGCCCCGGCGAGCCCAGCGUCAUAACCAUCAGCUGCCCCGACAAGACCGGACUCGGCUGCGACCUCUGCCGUGUGAUCCUCUUCUUCGGAUUGAGCAUUGUGAGAGGAGAUGUGAGCACGGAUGGUAAGUGGUGUUAUAUCGUAUUUUGGGUGGUGGGGAGAGGAGAUCGAGCAACGCGGUGGGGGCUGCUGAAGAAGAGGCUACUGGGGGUGUGCCCGACGGUGUUGUCAGCGUCAGGGCUGUAUAAUAGCUACUACAGGCAGCAGGAGAUGGUGGCGGCGCAGCAGGAGGCGCAGUUGUUUCUCCUAAAGUUCUGUUGCUAUGAUCGCAUGGGCCUCUUGCAUGAUGUGACUCAGGUUCUGUGUGAGCUGGAGCUCACUAUAAGGAAGGUGAAGGUGUCGACCACCCCAGAUGGGAGAGUUAUGGACCUCUUCUUUAUCACCGACACCAGGGAACUUCUUCAUACAAAAAGGAGAAAAGAAGAAGCAUGCGAUCAAUUGAGAGCUGUUUUAGGGGACUCAAUGACAAAUUGUGACAUUGAACUGGCUAGUGCAGAGAUUGCCUCAUUUAUGCAAGCUUCACCUUUUCUCCCCCCUGCAAUCCCAGAAGAAUUGUUUGACUUGGAGCUUCCUGAAGAAUCACCCAAGAAAUCUCCUUCCUCAUCUAAAAAUCCUUCUGUCACAAUGGACAACUCCCUUAGCCCUGGUCAUACACUUAUUCAAAUCCUUUGCCGUGAUCACAAGGGCCUGCUAUAUGACCUUAUGAGGACUCUUAAAGAUUACAACAUCCAGAUAUCUUAUGGGCGGUUCUAUGCAACCCAAAAUGGAAGCUGCGAGAUUGACUUGUUUGUGAUACAAGUGGAUGGGAAGAAGAUUGUUGACACAAACAAGCAGAAGGCAUUAUGUUCGCGCUUGAGAAUGGAGUUGUCCAGUCCACUGAGAGUAACUGUGGUGAGCCGUGGGCCUGAUACAGAGCUCCUAGUUGCAAAUCCUGUUGAAUUAUCUGGCAAGGGCCGGCCUCUUGUUUUUCAUGACAUCACCUGGUCCCUCAAAAUGCUUCACACACGCAUCUUUUUGGCUGAGAUUGGGAGGCAUGUUGUUGGUGAUAGGGAGUGGGAAGUCUACAGAAUCCUCCUUGGUGAUGAUUAUGAAUUGUCUGCAUCAAAGAACAAGAUUGUAGAUGGGGUGACAAAGAUGUUAAUGGGUUGGGAAUGAUGGGCAUCUAACACUCAUUUGCCUCCAAGCUCUCACAAUUGCUAAAUCCCAGCAGACUCUGUAAAUGGGGUGACUAAGAUAUUAAUGGGUAUAUAUAUAGCAAAAAAUAAAAAAUCAAAGAGUGGGCUAGUCUUUCAUAUACUUCUUCUUACUUGUAUAUAAUAAUUUCAUCAAUAUGUAAUUGCCCAACUAGGUCGCUGCAGUUGAAAGGAGAAAAUUCCAGAGGAAACAAAAACUGUAGCUGGUAUAACUUUGUAAAAAUGUGGUAGAGAAUAUAUUUCUUCAGUAUCAACUUAAGCUUAUUGUAACAAAUUUCUGGUUUGUACAUGUCUAAUUUAAUAUUACCUUUUGUACUGCUUUCAAA